GGCAAGCAACGCUUAUCUAGUGGUGCUUCAUUCGAAAACACCUCUUUUAGAGCUAACCUCGCCAACCAAGGCUCUGAAAUGAAGAUCGACGUCCCAAAAUUAUUUUAAAAUUUUUCAAAUAAAGAGACAUAUCUGAAGUGAAGUUAGACAUUGCUGAAUUCUGUGUACAAUUUCUGAGUACAAAUAUUUUGAUUUCUUUCCCUCAAUACCGACGUUUCAAACUUGCUCAUCACUAAUAAGACGACUGCUAACUGCAAGUAUGAGGAAAUUACUGUUGGUGGUGAUUUGCAUAGCUACGGUAAAGGCAGUACAGGAAAACUUCUUGCUCCACGCUCAACCAACACUCAGGCGCAUGGUAAACUUCGACCCCUCGAUGGACGCGUCGAUGCUGAGGAAGGCCAUGAAGGGCUUGGGCACCGACGAAGCCUCCAUCAUCAACAUCCUCGCCAACAGGCCCAACGACCAGCGGCAGAAAAUAAGCUCGGCGUUCAAGCAUGCAUAUGGCAAGGACCUGGUCAAGGAGCUAAAGAGCGAGCUGAGCGGUAAAUUCGAGCGCGUGGUGCUGGCCAUGAUGUUGCCCACGACCGAGCUGCUCGCCGACCACCUGCACGAGGCCAUGAAGGGCGUGGGCACCAACGAGGACACCUUGGUCGAGAUCCUCUGCACCCGCAACAACAGCGAGAUCAUUGAACUGAAAUCUGUGUAUGAGCGGAAACAUGGAAAGCCGCUGCAGAAGAGCAUAGAGAGCGAGACCUCAGGUCACUUCAGCCGCUUGCUUGUCUCCAUGACCACAGGCGCCAGGGAUGAAGCCAACACCAACCUGCAGCUGGCACCACAGCUGGCACAGCAGCUCUAUACAGCUGGUGAAGGAAAGGUCGGCACGGAUGAGGCUGAGUUCAACAGGAUUCUGUCGUACUACUCCUACCCGCUGCUGCGCGCUGUAUUUGACGAAUACAAGAAAAUCAAGGGCAAGUCUCUGAUCGACGCGAUCAAGAGCGAGUUCUCAGGCGACAUACAGAACGGCCUCAUAGCGGUUGUCUCGAGCAUCGAGAACCGGCCUCAGUUCUUCGCAAAGUGCCUGCACGAUGCCAUGAAGGGAAAGGACGACGCGCUCAUCAGGCUGAUCGUGACGCGGGCCGAGAUCGACUUAGGCACCAUCAAGCAGGAGUAUCAGAAGCUCUACGGCAAGAGCCUCGAGAGCCACAUUAAGAGCGACACCCCGGACGGAGACUACAAGAAGAUGCUGAUCGCUCUGGUUGACGGUUGAGAUUUGAGGCUCAGUUAAGUUGUGUUGAGAGCAGGUUGAAACGUGGUUAGGCAAAAAUUGAAUACAGUAUGAUACGAGGUUAAAAAGUUGAUAUAGGCAGUAUAAAGGAAGUUGGAAGGAUAAUUUUGGCUGAAAGGAGGCCGAAGAAGAGUCGGUAGGAGGUUGUGAGGAGGAAGACAAAAAUAAAAACAGUUUUAUGAGGGAAGGAAAUUAUUUAAGGUGUGAGGACGAAGAACUAUGGCUGCACUAAGUCGGUGUUGAAAGUUCAAACGGUUGAACGUUACUAUGGGUUUCUGUAAUUCGUUAUAUGUUCGAAUUAUCGUCAUAUCAUUUUGUCAUAUAAUGUUGCAUAUUUGCUGUUGAAUAAGUUCUCUGCCAUAUUUGUUGUAUAGCAAAUAACAUAAAUUGGAUAACUCCGGCGCUUUCUGCAUAGAAUCGUCACCUAUUAAUUUCUACUCAGCUUAAAAUUGAUCUAUAUUGAUUUUAGUUUUGUUGAAUGUAACACUCGCUAGCAGCUGCAAUCAAGCGACCUUCCGACUACUUCUGCCUUACAUGACUCAUGAGUAAAUGCUAGCCUUUCCCGUGCCAAAGUAGAAAUAUUUUCUAAUUUCUACUCUUUAAAAAUUAGGACCACCAGCAGAAUAUAUAUUUUACCGAAACAACUGUUCCAGGUACGAAAGAACCGUAUACCUUGAGAUGGUAUCAAGUUCAACAGUCCAAAAAUCAUUUCAAACUUUUUCCAAAAAAUCUAA